CGCCCUUCUUUCCCCCGCACCGUGACACCUCCGGCAGCGGGACCUUCGCCGGGAGACGGGGGGGAGCCGCGGGGCGCCCCGGGACACGCGGCUGCAUCCAGAGCUUGGCCCCAGGUGAAUGUAAGCUGAAUGUAGAGAAGAAUUCCAAAUAAGCUGGACUGAUGUGCCCAGAGAAGGAAUGAAGUAUGGAUGUGAAGGAACGUAGGCCUUAUUGUUCCCUGACAAAGAGCAGACGGGACAAGGAGCGGCGCUAUACAAAUUCUUCUGCGGAAAAUGAGGAGUGCCGAGUGCCUACACAGAAGUCUUACAGCUCCAGUGAAACCCUGAAAGCUUUUGAUCAUGAUUCCUCUAGGUUGCUGUAUGGAAACCGGGUAAAAGACUUGGUCCACAGAGAAGCAGAUGAGUAUACCAGACAAGGACAGAAUUUUACCCUAAGGCAGUUAGGAGUUUGUGAACCAGCAACUCGUCGAGGACUGGCAUUUUGUGCGGAAAUGGGGCUCCCCCACAGAGGUUACUCUAUCAGUGCAGGGUCAGAUGCUGAUACUGAAAAUGAAGGAGUGAUGUCUCCAGAGCAUGCCAUGAGACUUUGGGGCAGGGGGGUCAAAUCAGGGCGCAGUUCCUGUCUCUCGAGCCGUUCCAACUCAGCCCUCACUCUGACUGAUACCGAACAUGAAAACAAGUCCGACAGUGAAAAUGGUCCUCCCAUGCCAUCCUCCUCAUCUAGUCCAUCAGUUACUGAACACUUACACUCCCCUUCUCCAUCACCCAAUCUCCAUGACAACCAGAGGUGGUUAUUAAGUAAUAAUGGCAGCCAGCCAGUUCAGGACUCUGAUACAGAUGAGGACUAUACUGCCAGCUCAUAUCUAGUACAGACCGGUACUGUUUCAGUGUCUGUCCCAGGUCAUGAACAACCUCCAAAUAACCAAGGCCAGUCGACCCUGCAGCCUUUGCCACCUUCUCACAAGCAACAUUCAGCACAGCAUCACCCAUCCAUCACCUCACUUAACAGAAACUCACUGACAAAUAGGAGGAAUCAGAGUCCGGCCCCGCCGGCUGCUUUGCCCGCCGAGCUGCAAACCACACCUGAGUCAGUCCAGCUGCAGGACAGCUGGGUCCUUGGCAGUAAUGCGCCACUGGAAAGCAGAGAAUUAGGAAAUCAAGCAGUCCUUGCAAAUGGUCAUGACAACCUUAUAGAGAUGGAUGUGUUAUCUCCAACAUAUCACGAUAGCAGUUAUGGGCAUUUCCUAUUCAAAACAGGAACAGGGACCACACCGCUGUUCAGUACUGCAACGCCAGGGUACACAAUGGCAUCCGGCUCCGUUUAUUCCCCUCCUACUCGGCCACUACCUAGGAACACUCUAUCCAGAAGUGCUUUUAAAUUCAAGAAGUCUUCGAAGUACUGUAGCUGGAAAUGUACUGCACUCUGUGCUGUAGGGGUGUCAGUGCUGCUGGCAAUACUGCUGUCCUACUUUAUAGCAAUGCAUCUGUUUGGCCUCAACUGGCAGCUGCAGCAAACUGAAAACGAUACAUUUGAGAAUGGAAAAGUGAAUUCUGAUACUGUGCCAACACAUCCUGUAACAGUACCUGCUGGAGAAAGUGGAAAAUUAGGGGGAUUUGCACAAGAAAACAACACUAUAGAUUCUGGAGAACUUGAUAUAGGCCGAAGAGCGAUACAAGAAGUUCCCCCUGGGAUUUUUUGGAGAUCACAACUCUUCAUUGAUCAGCCACAAUUCCUAAAAUUUAAUAUAUCCCUUCAGAAAGAUGCAUUGAUUGGAGUAUAUGGCCGAAAAGGCUUACCACCUUCACACACUCAGUACGAUUUUGUGGAGCUCCUGGAUGGCAGCCGGCUGAUAGCGAGGGAGCAACGCAACCUGCUGGAGUCAGAGCGAGCGGGGCGGCAGGCGAGGUCUGUCAGUGUCCAUGAGGCAGGUUUUAUCCAGUAUUUGGAUUCUGGCAUCUGGCACCUGGCCUUUUAUAAUGAUGGGAAAAACGCGGAGCAGGUGUCUUUUAAUACCAUAAUUAUAGAGUCUGUGGUGGAAUGCCCCCGAAACUGCCAUGGUAACGGCGAAUGUGUUUCUGGAUCCUGCCAUUGUUUUCCUGGUUUUCUGGGCCCUGAUUGUUCAAGAGCAGCCUGCCCAGUGCUGUGUAGUGGCAAUGGGCAGUACUCCAAAGGACGUUGCCUGUGUUACAGUGGCUGGAAGGGCACGGAGUGUGAUGUGCCUACAACUCAGUGCAUCGAUCCCCAGUGUGGGGGCCGGGGCAUUUGCAUCAUGGGCUCUUGUGCCUGCAACUCUGGAUACAAAGGAGAAAAUUGUGAAGAAGCGGAUUGCUUGGACCCAGCCUGCUCCAGCCAUGGCAUGUGCAUCCAUGGUGAGUGCCACUGCAACCCAGGCUGGGGUGGCAGCAACUGUGAAAUCCUGAAGACAAUGUGCCCUGAUCAGUGUUCUGGCCAUGGCACCUACCUUCAAGAGAGUGGUACUUGCACCUGUGACCCCAAUUGGACAGGCCCAGAUUGCUCCAAUGAAAUCUGUUCGGUGGACUGUGGCACACACGGUGUCUGCAUGGGUGGCACCUGCCGCUGCGAGGAAGGUUGGACGGGCGCCGGCUGCACCCAGAGAGCCUGUCACCCCCGCUGCGCCGAGCACGGCACCUGCAAGGACGGGAAGUGUGAAUGUAGCCAGGGAUGGAAUGGAGAGCACUGCACCAUUGCUCACUAUUUGGAUAAGAUAGUGAAAGAGGGCUGCCCUGGCUUGUGCAACAGCAAUGGGAGGUGCACGCUGGACCAGAACGGCUGGCACUGCGUCUGCCAGCCAGGAUGGAGGGGAGCUGGCUGUGAUGUGGCCAUGGAAACUCUCUGCACUGACAGUAAGGACAAUGAAGGAGAUGGGCUAGCUGACUGCAUGGAUCCUGACUGCUGUUUGCAGAGUUCUUGCCAAAACCAGCCUUAUUGUCGUGGACUACCUGAUCCCCAAGAUAUUAUCAGUCAAAGCCAACAGUCACCCUCUCAGCAAGCUGCCAAAGCAUUUUAUGACCGGAUCAGUUUUCUAAUUGGAGCAGACAGCACUCAUGUCAUACCUGGGGAAAGUCCUUUUAAUAAGAGCCUUGCAUCCGUUAUAAGGGGCCAAGUAUUAACAGCUGACGGAACACCACUCAUAGGAGUCAAUGUUUCCUUUCUGCACUAUCCAGACUAUGGAUAUACAAUCACUCGCCAAGAUGGAAUGUUUGAUUUGGUGGCGAAUGGUGGUGCCUCUCUGACCCUGGUGUUUGAGCGAUCACCUUUCCUGACACAAUAUCACACAGUAUGGAUUCCCUGGAAUGUCUUUUAUGUUAUGGAUACCCUGGUUAUGAAGAAGGAAGAGAAUGACAUUCCCAGUUGUGAUCUAAGUGGAUUUGUAAGGCCAAACCCUGUUAUUGUGUCAUCCCCUUUAUCCACCUUCUUCAAAAUUUCUCCUGAAGAUAGUCCUAUCAUCCCAGAGACACAGGUACUUCAUGAAGAAACAACAAUACCAGGAACUGAUUUGAAGUUAUCAUACUUAAGCUCCAGGGCUCCAGGAUAUAAAUCUGUUCUGAAGAUUACUAUGACCCAAUCUGUUAUACCAUUUAAUUUAAUGAAGGUUCAUCUUAUGGUGGCAGUGGUGGGAAGACUUUUCCAAAAAUGGUUCCCUGCAUCCCCAAAUCUGGCUUACACUUUCAUAUGGGAUAAAACUGAUGCAUACAACCAGAGAGUCUAUGGAUUAUCUGAAGCUGUUGUGUCUGUAGGUUAUGAGUAUGAGUCUUGCUUGGACCUAACCCUCUGGGAAAAGCGGACUGCUAUUUUGCAAGGUUAUGAACUGGAUGCUUCCAACAUGGGUGGCUGGACACUGGAUAAACAUCAUGUAUUGGAUGUUCAGAAUGGAAUCCUCUACAAAGGAAAUGGUGAAAAUCAAUUUAUAUCUCAGCAGCCCCCAGUUGUUAGUAGCAUUAUGGGCAACGGCAGACGGCGCAGCAUCUCCUGUCCAAGUUGUAAUGGUCAAGCUGAUGGUAAUAAAUUACUGGCCCCAGUUGCCUUAGCUUGUGGGAUAGAUGGCAGUCUGUACGUGGGAGAUUUCAACUAUGUUCGGCGGAUAUUCCCAUCUGGAAAUGUAACUAGUGUUCUGGAGCUAAGCAACAACCCAGCUCACAGAUACUACCUCGCAACCGACCCCGUGACAGGAGAUCUGUACGUUUCCGACACAAACACGCGCAGGAUUUAUCGGCCCAAGUCGCUCAUGGGUGCGAAAGACCUGACGAAAAAUGCUGAGGUAAUAGGAGGAACAGGGGAGCAGUGCCUACCCUUUGAUGAGGCAAGGUGUGGUGAUGGAGGCAAGGCGGUGGAGGCAACUCUCAUGAGCCCUAAAGGAAUAGCAAUCGACAAGAACGGGUUAAUCUACUUUGUUGAUGGGACCAUGAUCAGAAAAGUGGAUCAGAAUGGAAUAAUAUCCACUUUGCUUGGCUCAAAUGACCUGACCUCAGCACGACCUCUAACCUGUGAUACCAGCAUGCACAUUAGCCAGGUUCGUCUGGAAUGGCCUACAGAUUUAGCUAUCAACCCCAUGGAUAACUCCAUUUAUGUUCUGGAUAACAACGUGGUUCUGCAGAUCACUGAAAACCGUCAGGUACGCAUUGCUGCGGGAAGGCCGAUGCAUUGCCAGGUUCCUGGAGUGGAGUACACGGUGGGGAAGCACGCUGUACAGACCACACUAGAGUCAGCAACUGCCAUUGCUGUGUCCUACAGUGGCGUCCUCUACAUUACAGAGACUGAUGAAAAAAAAAUUAAUAGGAUAAGGCAGGUCACAACUGAUGGAGAGAUUUCAUUAGUUGCUGGAAUACCUUCUGAGUGCGAUUGCAAAAACGACGUCAACUGUGACUGCUACCAGAAUGGAGAUGGCUAUGCUAAAGAUGCCAAACUUAAUGCCCCUUCUUCCUUAGCUGUGUCUCCAGAUGGCACCCUAUAUAUUGCUGACCUAGGAAAUAUUAGGAUACGGGCUGUGUCAAAGAAUAAACCCUUGUUGACUUCAAUGAACUUUUAUGAAGUUGCUUCUCCAACCGAUCAAGAGCUUUAUAUUUUUGAUGUCAAUGGUACUCACCAGUACACUGUCAGUUUAGUCACCGGAGACUAUCUGUACAACUUUAGCUACAGUAAUGAUAAUGAUAUUACUGCUGUAACAGAUAGCAAUGGAAAUACCCUUCGUAUCAGACGGGAUCCCAACCGGAUGCCGGUAAGAGUCGUCUCUCCUGAUAACCAAGUCAUCUGGCUGACCAUAGGCACUAAUGGGUGUUUGAAAAGCAUGACUGCACAAGGGCAGGAGCUUGUCUUAUUUACCUACCAUGGCAACAGUGGACUUCUGGCAACUAAAAGUGACGAGACUGGAUGGACCACUUUUUUUGACUACGAUAGUGAAGGCCGUCUAACAAAUGUUACAUUCCCAACUGGAGUUGUCACUAACCUUCAUGGGGAAAUGGAAAGGGCUAUUACAGUGGACAUUGAGUCAUCCAGCAGAGAGGAAGAUGUCAGCAUCACUUCCAACUUAUCAUCAAUUGAUUCUUUCUAUACCAUGGUUCAAGAUCAGCUGAGAAAUAGCUACCAGAUUGGUUAUGAUGGCUCACUGAGAAUUCUGUAUGCCAGUGGCCUGGACUCACACUAUCAAACAGAGCCCCACGUGUUGGCUGGCACUGCCAACCCUACAGUGGCAAAGAGGAACAUGACCCUGCCAGGGGAGAAUGGGCAGAACGUGGUGGAAUGGCGAUUCCGGAAAGAGCAAACUCAGGGAAAAGUCAACGUGUUUGGCCGAAAGCUUCGGGUUAAUGGCAGGAACCUCCUUUCAGUUGACUUUGAUCGAACCACAAAGACAGAAAAGAUCUACGAUGACCACCGUAAAUUUCUGCUGAGGAUUGCCUACGACACAUCGGGACACCCCACCCUGUGGCUACCAAGCAGCAAGCUGAUGGCUGUCAAUGUCACCUAUUCAUCUGCAGGCCAAAUAGGCAGUAUACAGCGAGGGACAACUAGUGAAAAAAUAGAGUAUGAUGGACAGGGAAGGAUUGUGUCUAGAGUAUUUGCUGAUGGGAAAACUUGGAGCUACACGUAUUUGGAAAAGUCAAUGGUUCUUCUGCUUCAUAGCCAACGGCAGUAUAUCUUUGAAUAUGAUAUGUUGGAUCGCCUUGCUGCUGUCACCAUGCCCAGUGUUGCUCGUCACACCAUGCAGACUAUCCGCUCCAUCGGCUACUACCGGAAUAUCUACAACCCCCCAGAAAGUAACGCCUCUGUCAUCAUGGACUACAACGAGGAAGGGCAGCUCCUCCAAACUGCUUUCCUGGGGACAAGCCGAAGAGUGUUAUUCAAGUACAGACGGCAGACCAAGCUCUCAGAAAUAUUAUAUGAUACUACAAGAGUUAGCUUUACUUAUGAUGAGACAGCAGGAGUCCUGAAAACAGUAAACCUCCAAAGCGAUGGGUUUAUCUGCACAAUUAGAUACAGGCAAAUCGGGCCGUUGAUUGACAGGCAGAUUUUCCGCUUCAGCGAAGACGGAAUGGUAAAUGCCCGAUUUGACUACAGCUAUGACAAUAGCUUCAGAGUGACCAGCAUGCAAGGUGUCAUCAAUGAAACCCCACUGCCUAUCGAUCUCUACCAGUUUGAUGAUAUAUCUGGCAAAGUUGAACAAUUUGGAAAAUUUGGAGUUAUAUAUUAUGAUAUUAACCAGAUCAUUUCAACAGCUGUAAUGACCUACACUAAGCAUUUUGAUGCACACGGUCGCAUCAAGGAAAUUCAGUAUGAAAUAUUUCGAUCGUUAAUGUAUUGGAUUACAAUUCAGUAUGAUAACAUGGGACGGGUGACAAAAAGAGAAAUUAAAAUCGGGCCAUUUGCCAACACCACGAAAUAUGCUUAUGAGUAUGAUGUAGAUGGUCAGCUCCAGACAGUUUAUCUGAAUGAAAAAAUAAUGUGGCGAUACAACUAUGACCUGAACGGCAACCUCCACUUGCUCAACCCCAGUAGUAGUGCCCGUUUGACACCGCUUCGCUAUGACCUGAGAGACAGAAUAACUCGGCUGGGUGAUGUGCAGUACCGCUUAGAUGAAGAUGGAUUUCUGCGUCAGAGGGGCACUGAAAUCUUUGAGUACAGUUCAAAGGGCCUUCUUACUCGGGUCUAUAGCAAAGGCAGCGGGUGGACAGUGAUUUACCGUUACGAUGGACUUGGACGACGAGUUUCCACUAAAACUAGCCUUGGACAGCAUCUUCAGUUUUUUUAUGCAGACCUUACUUACCCAACCAGGAUCACUCAUGUUUAUAACCAUUCAAGUUCUGAAAUCACAUCUCUCUACUAUGAUCUGCAAGGGCAUCUUUUUGCCAUGGAAAUUAGCAGUGGAGAUGAGUUCUACAUUGCAUCAGACAAUACAGGGACACCACUGGCUGUUUUCAGUAGUAAUGGUCUCAUGCUGAAACAAAUUCAAUAUACUGCAUACGGAGAGAUCUAUUUCGACUCUAACCUUGACUUCCAGCUUGUAAUAGGAUUUCAUGGAGGCUUAUACGACCCACUGACCAAGCUAGUCCACUUCGGAGAAAGAGAUUAUGACAUACUGGCAGGCCGGUGGACAACACCUGAUAUUGAAAUCUGGAAGAGAAUUGGGAAGGAUCCAGCUCCUUUUAAUUUGUACAUGUUUAGAAAUAACAACCCUGCCAGUAAAAUACACGAUGUAAAGGAUUACAUUACAGAUGUUAACAGCUGGCUGGUGACAUUUGGCUUCCACCUGCACAAUGCCAUUCCUGGUUUCCCUGUUCCAAAAUUUGAUUUAACGGAACCUUCUUAUGAACUUGUGAAGAGCCAGCAAUGGGAGGACGUACCACCAAUUUCUGGAGUGCAACAACAAGUGGCAAGACAAGCAAAGGCUUUCCUUUCCCUGGGAAAGAUGGCAGAAGUGCAGGUCAGCAGGCGGAAAUCCGGUGGAGAGAAGUCAUGGCUGUGGUUUGCUACAGUGAAGUCUCUGAUUGGGAAAGGGGUGAUGCUCGCUGUCAAUCAAGGCAAAGUACAAACAAAUGUACUCAACAUUGCGAAUGAGGACUGCAUAAAAGUGGCAGCUGUUCUGAACAACGCCUACUACCUAGAAAACUUGCAUUUCACCGUUGAGGGAAAGGACACGCACUAUUUUAUCAAGACCACCUCCCCCGAGAGUGACCUUGGGACACUGAGGCUGACAAGCGGGCGGAAGGCCCUGGAGAACGGCAUCAACGUCACCGUUUCCCAGUCCACCACUGUGGUGAACGGCAGGACUCGUAGGUUUGCUGAUGUUGAAAUGCAGUAUGGUGCUUUGGCACUUCACGUCCGCUAUGGCAUGACACUUGAUGAGGAAAAGGCUCGAAUACUGGAGCAAGCCAGGCAAAGAGCUCUUUCCAGUGCCUGGGCCAGAGAACAACAGAGAGUAAGAGAUGGAGAGGAAGGCGCCAGGUUGUGGACAGAAGGAGAAAAGAGGCAGUUGUUAAGUGCUGGAAAGGUACAAGGAUACGAUGGGUACUAUGUACUCUCUGUGGAGCAAUAUCCAGAAUUAGCAGACAGCGCUAACAAUAUACAGUUCCUCAGACAAAGUGAGAUAGGAAAGAGGUAACACACUGGCUUAGCUCAGGCUGCCAAAGAGACUGUGUACCAGUGUCUUCUAAAAAGGAGACCAAACUGUUUUGCUGCAUUACUACUUGAGCCUAAGCUUACAUCUUUGCUCAGAUUUUUUUCUGUAGCACAAUCCGAACAGACUCCGUAACAAAAAGAGCGCCUUCCAGAAGAAUGAUACUGCUAAUGACAAAACUUUUUUUUUCUCAAUGACCUUAAAGGUGAUCUGCUUUAAAGAAUAUGUUUACAUAUGCAUAUCGCUGCACUCAAGUUGGACUGAAAAGUAUUUAAAAAAAUAAAAGAAGAAAAAAGAAAAGAAAAAGGCCUACAGAUUUUGCAACAGGCUGUCUGUUCCUUUGAGGCACUGUAUUUAAUUAAGAUACAGACCCAUACAGUGUUUCCAAAUAUUACUGAAUUGUUGACCUUUGCUUACCAGAAGUAGUCUCUUUCUCUCUCUCUUUUUCUCUCUCUUUCUCACUGCAUAGGAUGUGUUAUAUAUCUGUUAAUUUUAAAAUGUGGGGCAAAAAUUACUGUUUAUAGACAACCCGACUGCUUUAAACUGUGCUGCUUUCUAAAAGGACAUUGGCACAAGUGACUUAUGCUACCAUGGGAAUUUAAUAAUGGAUUUUACAAUGCUAACAUGGUUUGCCUGGGGGGGGGGGAAAUGGCAAGUAGAAUCCUUGUUGCAGAUAAGCAAAGGAAACCCUGAUUUUUUUGUAAAUUAUGUGAGACAAGUUGUUUAUGGAUUUUUAUAUGAAUUACAAUUUACUGUACAUCAAAUAUUAGUCUCAGAGGAGUUAAUUUAUGUAAAGUGUUUAAAAAAGUUUAUACUUAAAAAUAAAAUGAUAAAAACA